AUGGAGAUACAGGUGCGAAUAUGGAAUAAAGAUGCGAUGUUCUUUAUACGACCGUGGAUACCCAUCCUCCUCGGACUUCACAUGCAGUUCUCGUGGGCCACGACUUGCCCGGACGAGUGCCGCUGCGACAGGACCUUUGUGUACUGCAACGAGAGGAGCCUAACGUCAGUGCCUCUGGGGAUAGGGGAGGGUUACAAGACCCUGUACCUUCACAACAACCAAAUCAACAGUGCUGGAUUUCCAACCGAGCUGCACAACGUGGCCUCGGUGGAGACCGUCUAUCUUUACGGCAACCAGCUGGACGAGUUCCCGAUCAACCUGCCCAAAAACACACGGGUGCUCCACCUGCAGGAGAACAACAUCCAGACGGUGUCGCGUGCCGCCCUGGCCCAGUUGCUGCGCCUCGAGGAGCUGUUCCUGGACGAUAACUCGAUUUCGACGGUGGGCGUCGAGGAGGGAGCAUUCCGGGAGGCGAUCAGCCUUAAGACCCUCUUCCUAACUAAGAACCAUCUGAGCAGCGUGCCCAUCGGUCUUCCGGAAGAGCUCAAAGAGCUGCGACUAGACGAAAACCGGAUUGCGCUGAUCACUGACGAUGCUUUCGAGAAUGUAACCGGACUCGAGCUCCUCCUGCUGGAUGGAAACCUCCUGACAGACGAGGGUCUCGCACCGGGAGCCUUCCAGAGCUUGGUGAACCUCAAGACUCUAUCCAUGGCACGCAAUUCCCUCAUGCUCCCCCCUCCCAACCUGCCCACGCAGUGUUUAGUCAAGCUCAACUUGCAGGAUAAUCUGAUGAAUGAGAUCCCUUUGACGGCCUUCCACGGCCUGCACCACCUCGAGAGACUGGAUAUUUCCAACAACCAGCUGCAGUCUCUGACACAGGGGGUCUUUGAUGGCCUGCACAGUCUGAGACAGCUCACUGUUCGGAACAACCUUUGGCACUGCGACUGCAACAUUAAAUGGGUCAUACUGUGGCUCAAGUCCUUGCCGGCUACGCUGAACGUCCGCGGGUUCAUGUGCCAGAAGCCCGAGAGUGUGCGCGGUAUGGUAAUUAGGGAGCUAAACCUGGAGAUGAUCCAGUGCCCGAGCAGCACACCAACGGUGCUACAGUCGACACUGCAGCCCAGACCGUCUUCUCCGUCCAGCACCGAGUCACCAACCGAAAUUUACCAACCGAAAGUCUUCUCGUCACCGAACUACGUCCACACUCCCAGUUCUACACCGUCUAUACCCGCUGUGCCAACCACGCAUGAAGAUCCAGACCUCCAGACGGACGUCUCCGAGAUCCCCGAGCAGGAAUCCCUGCGCGUUUCCUUUAUCGUCCUGAACACCUCGUGCGUUCUGGUGAACUGGGUCUCGACCUUCACGGUCACGGCGUACAAGGUGACCUGGGUCAAACUGGGGUACGGGAUGAUAAGCGACCCCGUGCAGGAAACCAUGGUGGAAGCCGACGAACAGAGAAUCUACCUGACCAACCUGCACCCCAAAUCGAUUUACAGGAUUUGCGUGGAUCCUCUGGAUGCCUUUAAUAACUAUCACACCGGAGAAGACUCCAUUUGCUCCGAGGUCAUGACCAAGCCCGCUUCAUCCUUUCUGGACGAAAAGGCAGAGCAGGCCAGCCAGCAGGAACUGGGCUCGUCUCUGCUCCUGGCGGGUCUGAUCGGAGGGGCCGUGCUCGUCAUCCUGGUGCUGCUGCUCAGCGUGUUCUGCUGGCACGUGCACAGGAAGGAACGCGCGGCCCAGUCCAAGUGGAAAUACAACCGAGGCAGGAGGAAAGACGACUACUGCGAGGCAGGGACCAAAAAGGAUAAUUCCAUCCUGGAGAUGACGGAGACUAGUUUUCAGAUAGUUUCUUUGAACAACCAACAGCUCCUCAAAGGGGACUACCAGAUUCAGCCCAUUUAUACUCCCAACGGGGGGAUUAGCUACAGAGACUGCCAUGUUGGCAACAACAGUACGGCUUACUGCAAGAAUAGCGUUCCGGUAUCCAACCCUUGCCAUACAUGAUGGUUUUCGGAACGUAUCGAUUCUUUGUAUUGAACUGAAACAAAUACGCUGUACAGUAUAUAUUUCAAAAACUGUAAAUUGUGUAAUUUAUACUCUUAUCAGUGAUCGCCUUCUUUUGUACCCCCCGGUAAAAUGCAAAAAUGAUUUAUGACUUACUAGUUUCUCUUGUUGUAUUACCACCGCAAAGAGCAUCUUAUAAAUCACCGCAGUCGUCGCUCUCGUACCAUUAAUCUAGAGUGUAACACGUAUGCAGAUAACUGUUUACAUUGUUG